AACAGUUCAGUCGAAGUCAUUUCGAAACUUCAUUUUCUCUAAGCUGAAUCUUCCUAAGUUUUUUUAGUGGCCAACAUGAUCUAACAGGGUUUAUCUUUGUAGGUUAAAAUAUUUUUUUCUUGGAUAAAACUAUCUUCAACUCAAACUGGUGGAACUGGAAGACGAGGAAUGGCGACUCAACCUGCUGUGUCAUGGCUCCUCACGCUGCUUUUGCUAAUCUGCAUCCAGUUUGGUUCUGCUGAUCAGAAAAACAUCACAGCUAAACCUGGAGAUAACGUCACCCUGCCAUGUACAGCUGCUACGAAUGAUUCUGUUGAUGUUGCAGAGUGGAUCAGAAUCGAUCUGUGGCCAGAUCAUGUUAUUUUGUACAGGGACAAGCAGUUUGAUCCAGAGGAUCAGUUUCCAUCCUUUAUAGGCCGGGUGGAUCUGCAGGACGUGGCCCAUGGAAAUGUGUCCUUGAUUCUGAAGAAUGUGACGACCAAUGAUUCAGGAAUGUAUGAAUGUCGAGUCAUUCAUACAGAAAAUAAUCGAACGAAGAGAUCCAAUCUGGACAUUGACCCCAUCAGCACCGUUAACCUGACAGUUAAAGCAGGUGUUCCUCGUGACGCCAAGCAUUCUCGUUGUGAAGACCCAGCUCUGGCCUUUUGGAUUUCCACUCGUGACGCCGUGGAACUUACCCACUGGUUGCCCGAGUCCUACAGUCAUCUCCUCAACCAGAUCACAAGCAGUUAUCAGAGUUUUUCCCCAGCUGGCAGUCAGACCGCUAAUCUUUCUUUCUCCACGCUCAGAACUUACCUGUCCGCCCUCCACCGCAGCCUCCGCUACCCUGCCCAGAAAUCACCCAACUGAGUUGUCCUUUAAGAUCUGGACCGCAACCAAGGUGGACCAAGACCCGAACCAGCAGUUACCCUCUCCCAGACUGAAUCUACCAUCUCACGAAGUAAGACCAGUCUAACUCUGUUCACAACUCACUUUUCCCAUUACCACAAACUCAUCAUCACCCACUGUUGUUCCUUAGUGAGCAGACGAGCCUGUACCUGGAUUCCUUCUCUGUCAAAUUAUUUUAUCAUUUUGGGCAAAUAAAAUCUAAUUUAACUGAUCAUUAUUCUCCUGUGCUUGUUCUGCAUGUGGGCUAAGAACUUAAAACCCAUUAUGACAGAAUAUUUAUUAACAAAAACAACCCUUACAAAAAAUCCCAUGAAAAUCACAUGUGAAAGUCACAUGUGAUUUUCACACAAAUUUUUACAUGUGAAAGAUGUAAAUCACAUGUAUUUGUGUGAUUUUUGGAACAUUUUGUGGUAAACUCACAUGGGAUAUUUUGGUAAGGGAAUGGACUGUGAAUGUCAGUGUCAGUGGUGUAAUACAAAUGCUUGGAUGUGUUGUAUGACUGCAUAUGGAAGUGUUGAAUGCCAAAACAAAGACAAACUCAAAUGUGCAAGAGGGGAGCUGAGGCCUGACAAGCACCACAAGCGUCAAGACCAAAGUGGACGGCGACCCAGAAGGUGUUAAUAUAACCACAUCCAUCCAUCCAUUUUCUGUUCACCCUUUGUCCCUAAUGGGGUCGGGAGGGUUGCUGGUGCCUAUCUCCAGCUACGUUCCCGGCGAG